AAAAAAUACAUGACGUUGCUGGUUUUCACAAAUGAUCAAAUUAUUACCAACACCUGGUUUGACAAUCACCCAAGGAAAAAAUAUGCUUGGAAGAGUCGCGUAGACAAGGUAAGAAAUAUGAUUGAUUACAUUACAAUAAAAAGACGAUUUCGAAAUGCUGUUUUUAAAUGCAUAAGAUACCCUGGAGGUGAUUGUGGCAGUGAUCAUAACCCAGUUGUUUGUGAAAUCAGGAGAAAGUUAAAAAAAAUCAAAAUUGAAGUAGCCCCAAAACGUUUGAAUUUUGUCAGUCUGUCACAAAAUGAUGACAUCAUGGUCAAGUAUAACGUUGAAGUAAGGAAUCGUUUUCAG